AGCGAGCUUUGCGAGAGGGAGAGGGGGAGAGAGAGAGGGGUGAGAGCCGGAGCCGCUCAUAGCCUGCCAAGAACGCUAGCUACGCCGCCACCAACUGAGCCCCCCCUGUCUCUUCCCGUGGCAAGCGCGGCCGGCCAUUUCCGCCGGCGCCGGCGCGCGCCCGGUGCGGUGCUCCUAAGUCCGCCACCUCUGCGGAUGAGAAGCGGCGCCACAGCGGCGGCGACAGUGUGGUCGGCCUCCGCCUGAGACCGGAGAGCCAGUCGACGGCCAGGGGGAAGAUUCGGGUGGACUGAGAGGGAAAGAACGGGAGUGGCCAUGGGUUCCUUGGAGACGACGAACACGCGGUACCGGCCGGCCGGAGCAGCUGAUGACACGGCUAAGAGAAGGACGCAGAAAAGCAAAAGUUUCAAAGAGGUUGAAAAAUUUGAUGUAUUCGUCCUCGAAAAAAGCUCUGGUUGCAAGUUCCGGUCCUUGCAACUUCUGCUCUUCGCCAUCAUGUCUGCUGCAUUUCUGACACUAUUGUACACUCCAUCAGUGUAUGACCAUCAGAUGCAGUCUAGUUCUCGGUUUGUCAAUGUUGGGUGGAUAUGGGAGAAGACCAUCCCUGAUCCACGAUAUGUAUCUUCAGUUGGUUUUCAGUGGGAGGAUAUAUAUAAAACUGUUGAAAAUAUAAAUGGCGGUGACCAAAAGCUCAAAGUUGGACUCUUAAAUUUUAAUAGCACUGAAAUUGGCUCAUGGACACAAUUGCUCCCAGAAAGUGACUUUUCGAUAAUCAGGCUAGAGCAUGCUAAGGAAAGCAUAACAUGGCAGACUCUUUAUCCUGAAUGGAUUGAUGAGGAGGAAGAAACAGAGAUACCAUCGUGUCCAUCACUUCCAGAUCCUAAUUUUCCAAGAGGGACACAAUUUGAUGUUGUUGCCGUGAAACUUCCCUGUACCCGAGCAGGUGGGUGGUCAAGAGAUGUUGCACGCCUGCAUUUGCAACUAUCUGCAGCAAAAGUGGCAGUGACUGCUUCAAGAGGCAAUCGUGGUAUCCAUGUUCUGUUUGUGACUGAUUGCUUCCCUAUUCCAAAUCUCUUCUCUUGUAAGAACCUUGUGAAACACGAAGGCAACGCGUGGAUGUACAAGCCUGACUUGAAGGCACUUAGGGAGAAGCUCAGACUUCCAGUUGGAUCCUGUGAACUUGCUGUUCCACUAAAAGCAAAAGCACGACUUUACUCGGUAGACAGACGGAGAGAAGCAUAUGCUACAAUUCUGCAUUCAGCAAGUGAAUACGUCUGUGGUGCAAUCACAGCUGCCCAAAGCAUUCGCCAAGCAGGAUCAACUAGGGACUUUGUUAUUCUUGUUGAUGAUACCAUAAGUGAUCACCACCGAAAGGGCUUGGAAGCUGCUGGGUGGAAGGUCAGAAUAAUACAAAGGAUCAGGAAUCCGAAAGCUGAGCGUGAUGCAUAUAAUGAAUGGAACUACAGCAAAUUCCGUCUAUGGCAGCUCACAGAUUAUGACAAAAUUAUAUUUAUUGAUGCUGAUCUCCUCAUUCUGAGAAAUGUAGAUUUUCUGUUUGCAAUGCCAGAAAUCACCGCUACUGGCAACAAUGCAACACUGUUCAACUCUGGAGUAAUGGUUAUUGAGCCUUCAAACUGCACAUUCCAGUUGUUGAUGGAGCACAUCAAUGAGAUAACAUCUUACAAUGGCGGUGAUCAAGGGUACCUGAAUGAGAUAUUCACAUGGUGGCAUCGAAUUCCGAAGCACAUGAACUUCUUAAAACAUUUCUGGGAGGGGGAUGAAGAGGAAGUGAAGGUGAAGAAGACAAGGCUGUUUGGUGCUGACCCACCAAUCCUCUAUGUCCUUCACUAUCUGGGUCUCAAACCCUGGCUGUGCUUCCGGGAUUACGACUGUAACUGGAAUGUGGAGAUACUGCGUGAGUUUGCCAGUGAUGUUGCGCAUGCCCGUUGGUGGAAGGUACAUGACAAGAUGCCAAAGAAACUUCAGCACUAUUGUCUUUUGAGAUCAAGGCAAAAGGCUGGGUUGGAGUGGGAUCGGAGGCAGGCCGAGAAAGCAAAUUUCACUGAUGGACAUUGGAGGCGGAACAUAACUGAUCCUAGGUUGAAAACUUGCUUUGAGAAGUUCUGCUUCUGGGAGAGCAUGUUAUGGCACUGGGGUGAGGCCAAGAACUCAACGAACGAAAACCCGGUGCCAGCGACACCUACUGCGAGCCUCUCAAGCUCAUGAGAUGUGUAGAUAGCCCUAUACCAGAUACAAACUUCUAAGCUCCAUACAUACAUAGCAACAGCUUGUAAAGGUAGCUAUGCUUAGGUUUUUCGACAAAACUAUACCUUGUGUUUGCUGUCAUGGCUACAGCUCUGCUUUGAUGGCUCACAUUUUUUUGGUUUUUUGGCCAAUAAUUCAUGAGUAUAGGUAAAUUUUCUGUUCAAGAAUUGUUUGGUCGGUUCGGGGUUGGUUGUUGCUCAGCUGCAAUAACCAAGUUUGAUGUAUGGGUUGUUGAACUGUUUCAGUGAUCAAAUCUGGAGUGAUGCAACAUGAGAUUGCUGACCAGCAAACACUGCCAAA